UACUGAUUGCAUUAAGUUUGAUAAUCAUGGUUUAUUGCCUUCGGUUUUUUCCUUGAAAGUUCUAUCUAAAUGGAGAGAAAUCUAGGAAACGGCAUGAUGGAUCAACAGAAGAACUAUGAGCGAAAUCGAUACACUAAUAUUGAAGCUGGGUAUGGAACUCUUGAGGCUGCAAACCAAAGAUUUUUUCAUGAUCCAUCUGGUAAUAUAAAUACUAACAGCAGACCUCCCGAUUAUAAUAUGUCUGCGGGAGCUAGACCAGUUUUGAAUUACUCCAUUCAAACAGGUGAGGAGUUUGCUCUGGAAUUUAUGCGGGAAAGGGUGAAUCCCGGGCAGCGUUUUGUUCAGAAUGCUUAUGGUGAUCCUAACAGUGGACCUCUUUAUAUGGAUCUAAAAGGCAUUCUGGGAAUUUCUCAUACAGGUUCAGAAAAUGGCUAUGAUAUCUCUAUGGUUUACACAGCAGACAAACCCUGUCCCCAGGAGCUCGAGAGAAAGACCCCUUCUGUGCAUGAAGACAAGAGCUACUAUGAUUCCAUGCGAUCAAUUUCUCAAUCUUCUUCAAGAAAUGACAUUAGUCAGGGGCAUCAAGAUUAUGCAUCCAGAAUUGCUUCACUCAGCUCAUCAAUUAAGGUGAAGUUCCUAUGCAGCUUUGGUGGCAAAAUUUUACCACGUCCACGUGAUGGGAAACUUAGGUAUGUUGGGGGAGAAACGCGCAUGAUUCGAUUAAGCAGGGAUAUUUCCUUUCAAGAGCUUGUUCAAAAAAUGUCAGUAAUUUACAACCAAACCCAUACAAUAAAGUAUCAGUUGCCUGGGGAGGAUCUUGAUGCAUUGGUUUCUGUAUCUUGUGAUGAGGAUCUACAGAACAUGAUGGAGGAAUGUAAUGUGCUAGAAGAUGGAGGACUGCAGAAACCCAGGAUUUUCCUUUUUUCUAGAAGUGAUUUAGAGGAUUCUCCAUAUGGCUUGGGGAGUGUAGAGGGUGAUUCUGAGAUGCAAUAUGUUGUUGCUGUCAAUGGCAUGAACCUAGGAUCUAGAAAAAACUCGAUUGCAGCAAGUGCUUCUGAGAACAAUUUAGAUGAAUUACUUGGUUUGAAUGUUGUAAGGGAGGCUGGUCGGACUGUGACUGAAGCAGCUGCCAGUAGUUCUGCUUCUUUGACAGCUAAUGGGUCAUUGUCAGUAGUACAAUCUUCUAAUGCACCUGCAUCAACAGUCCAAUCUUCUAAUGCUCCUUCAUCAUCAGUCCAACCUUCUCAUGUACCUUCACCAACCCUCCCAUCUUCUCAACCAGUUUCGGUGAGUUCAUCUAGCGCUAAUGAAUCUAGCUCACAACCAUAUUUUGAGCAAAAAAUGCAUCAUGGAGAAGCUAACCAACAGUUGUCUUCCACUCCCCAGAUAGAUGGGAAAUAUGGCCAUGGUUCUCAACCCUCUAAGUAUGCGAUGCCUGGAGAAAAUUUAGUUUCAAAGCCAGUCCAUGGGCAUGUGACCCCCCAGGUGGGUUUAGCUGAUAUGAGCUUUCAUGUGCAAGAUCCAGAAGUAUCUAUUAAAGAGGUGAAACUAAAAAGAGAUAGCUCCACCCCAAAAAUAACCGAACCUGAAAAAUUGCGGCCUCUAGACAAAGUUUCACCGAUAAAAGAGCCAAAAAUGAAAAGAGAUGCAUCCCUCCCUAAGAUAAGUGAAACUGAAAAAGUUCAGGUGUCAGAGAAAGAUUACAGUGUUGCUUCAAAUGCAUAUGACGGUUCUGUUGCAAACCACAUUUCUAGUGAGGAAGCAUCUGUUACUGUUUCAGUGACAGACAUUGGCUCAUAUUCGUUGCCUGCAAAAAAAAUCAAAAAGACCCAGGAAGCUGGGCAGAAUUUAGUGGCCCCUGAAGUUGUAACUGAAGGGAGAAAGAAUGUUGAAGAUGACUUGAGCUGCCUUGAGCCAUCUGUAAUUCCUCAGCGAGUUUUUCAUUCAGAGAGAAUCCCGAGGGAGCAGGCUGAAAUGAACCGUUUAUCGAAGUCUGAUGAUUCUUUUGGAUCUCAGCUUAUAUUGACUCAAGCACAUUCUGAUUCUUCCCAAAUAAUUGGAGAAGCAGUUGAUAGGAUUCAUGAUGGGAAUUUGUCUCCUCAAGCUGAUCAGUCUGUUGCAUCUACAAAUUCAAGAUCUAAAAAUCCUCAAACUGUUAUGGAUGGGCUUGAUGAAUUUGAAAGGUACAAAGGAUUUUCUGAUGAAAUCAUCUCUAAUAUUUCUGAGGACAGACUUGAGUCAACUAAUGAGCAAUCUGAAUUAAAACAAGUCUCGCUUAAGAACACUGCUGAUGAAGAAGCAGCCGGGUUAAAUCAUCCCACAGCAAGUCAAAGAAUAUCUGUAAAGCACCUCGAAGAUCUGUCUUUGAAGCUAUCUGAUUUUGAGCAAAUUGGAAAAGAUGAAAAUAAGAAUACAGGAAAUCAUUCUCAGGGGCAUAACCCGCCUUUGGUAUGGGAAGAGAACCCAAUUAGAACAACUUUCAAUGUACAGCCUACUCCUGUGUGUGCCUCUGAGCAUGGAGACAUAGUUAUUGAUAUUAACGACCGGUUUCCCCAUGACCUUCUGUCUGAUAUAUUCUCAAAAGUAAGAAUGUCCCAGAACCUCUAUGGUAUCAGUCCAUUUCUUGGUGAUGGAGCUGGACUGAGCUUAAACAUGGAGAAUCAUGAACCUAAGCAUUGGUCAUACUUUCGUAAUUUGGCUCAAGAUGAGUUUGUUAGAAAGGAUGUCUCCCUCAUCGAUCAGGAUCAUCUGGGUUUUUCAUCUCAGCUUACAAAUAUUGAAGGUGGGACCCCAAUUGAUUAUAGCUAUCCUCCUUUGACAUGUGCUGGUGCCCUUGCUUUGGCUCAAAUUAAGCCAGACAUCAAUUUUGGUGAGGACAUUAGGCAAGAGACAACUUCUGUUGCUGCUACUAAUAACUUGGAUAUAGGCUCAGAAUACAAGAAGUCUCCACUCAAGGGAGAUGAAAGUGCACAAGUUGGGCAAAACCUCCAAGUACCUGAAUCUGAAUUUGGGGAUGGGAAAUUGGAUUCUCGGAAUUCUGGUGUACCUCUUCUGGAUCCUUCCCUUGGAGAUUUUGAUAGAAGCACAUUGCAGAUCAUUAAAAAUGAAGAUCUGGAAGAGCUAAGGGAGUUGGGUUCAGGUACAUUUGGGACUGUAUAUCAUGGAAAAUGGAGGGGAACAGAUGUUGCCAUCAAGCGGAUAAAAAAAAUCUGUUUCACUGGUCGUUCAUCUGAGCAAGAGAGAUUGACUGUGGAGUUCUGGCGUGAAGCUGACAUCCUUUCAAAGCUUCACCACCCCAAUGUGGUGGCCUUUUAUGGUGUGGUGCAGGAUGGACCUGGAGGAACACUAGCCACUGUCACAGAGUUCAUGGUGAAUGGCUCUCUUAGACAUGUUUUGCUUAGCAAAGAAAGGCAACUUGAUCGUCAUAAGCGGCUCAUUAUUGCCAUGGAUGCAGCGUUUGGGAUGGAAUAUUUACAUUCAAAGAACAUUGUGCAUUUUGAUUUAAAAUGCGACAACUUGCUUGUCAACUUGAAAGAUCCUGUGCGGCCAAUUUGCAAGGUUGGGGACUUCGGGUUGUCAAAGAUAAAAAGGAAUACCUUGGUUACUGGUGGUGUGAGGGGAACUCUACCAUGGAUGGCCCCAGAGCUGUUGAAUGGCAGUAGUAAUAAGGUUUCUGAAAAGGUAGAUGUGUUCUCAUUUGGCAUUGUUUUAUGGGAGAUUCUUACAGGGGAGGAACCUUAUGCUAAUAUGCAUUACGGGGCAAUAAUAGGAGGCAUUGUUAGCAACACACUGAGGCCACCUGUACCAAGCUACUGUGACCCUGAAUGGAAGUUACUAAUGGAGCAGUGUUGGGCUCCGGAUCCUGUCGUUCGACCUUCAUUUACAGAGAUUGCUAGACGCUUACGCAUUAUGUCAUCAGCAUGCCAGGCAAAACCACAGGGUCGCCAGCCGCAGAACCAAGCAUCUAAGUAAAAUGACUCAAUAAUUCCCUAAUUUUGAGGCUAGAUGCACUCAUCAAUUAUUAUGAGUCUGUUUUAUUUUAUAUAUAAACACGUGUGUAUUCUUUUAUAUGAAAAGAAAGGGAGGAGAAACUCCCUUCGAGUUUGAGUGGUGAGAUAUGAUAUUAUUGUGUUUUGUAAGUAAAAGAAGAUAUGUUUAUAUCUAAAGCUAUUAUUAUACGUCACUGUCA